GACAGGAUGUCCUGGGCAGGGAGAGCUUGGGCUGAGCUCUCCCGGGAGAAGGCUAGCAGUGGAGGGCCCCGUGGGGCAAGCCCAGGUCCCCAGAGCUCUGGAAGCUAAGGAAGGAAUGUGGCUGGGCAGGAGUCCCAAAGGUGACCUCCAGCCUCACAGGCCUCCAGGGAAGGAGGAGUAAGCUGGGCGAGGUCACCUUGGGGCUGGGAGCUCACCAGGAGAGCUGUGAGACAGGGUUGCAGAUAAACGAAAGGGUUACAAGCCCAGAACCUCAGUGCCCAGGAACUGCCACCCUGAAGGUGGACCUCCAACAGGGGACCAUCCAGGAGGACAGAGCCCUCCAGGACGAGUCUGGGGACGGCCGCAUGGACAUCCCCACUGGCAGCAGGGACUUCCGCUGCCUGCAGCUGGCCUGCGUGGCCCUCGGCCUGGUGGCCGGCAGCAUCAUCAUCGGCAUCUCCGUGUCCAAGGCCGCGGCUGCCGUGGGUGGUGUCUUUAUUGGCGCUGCGGGUCUGGGGCUCCUCAUCUUCGUCUACCCCUUCCUGAAGGCUCGGUUCAACUUGGACCACCUCCUGCCUAAUAUAGGAAGCCUGAGAACCCACCCCCAUCCAGGGCCAGACCAUGGGGAGGGAGGAUCCAGCGCCAAUGGUAAUAAGGAAGGAGCCCGCAGAAGCCUGUCCACCGUGAGCAGGACCCUGGAGAAGCUGAAGCCAGGGGGCCGGGGGGCUGAGGAGGGCUGAGGGGCUGGAGCCAUGCCCCCCGCCCUGCCCUCCUUCCUGCCUGCCACUCCUAUUUCUCAGAGCCCUCCCGAGGCCAAGUUAGAAGAUCCAAACCAGAGAUGAAGCAGGCCUUGGAGAAGCCAGACCUGCCUUGUUCCCGGCCAAGGCUCUCCCAAGUGGCUUCCACGUGGCGCUGGCAGGGCCUGAAGCUGGGUGUCGGAGGAAGCGCCCACAGGCCUCCUGGUUUCAGGCUCUCCUGGUUUUUCUUUCUGGACUGUGGCUCCGCUUCCUUCCCUUUUUGAUCUACUGACUAGUUUCUCUGGAAUGUGAGGUCAGAACCCUGAUGACAACCAGGGAUGCCCCAGUCCCUUGCUUCAUCCUGGCCACAGGAGUGGGCCACAGACCUUCAGGGACGACAGAUGGGGUCCCUGGUUGAGCCCCUCAGAGCCCAAGUCCCAGCCUUGAGGUCUCUAGAGCUAACUGGCUGGAUGAAGGGUAUGCACUAAAUUCUUGGCAGAAUAUUGAAAAGACCUAGGCAACUCGUUGGGCAAAGGCCCCCGGUGCAGUGAACCAGAUGGGAGCAUGUCCUCAGGGGGCUCUUGGUCCCUAGAGGAGAAAGACUCACAGAGGGACAGCCAUACACUGCUAUGACAGGGGCUUAAGUGAAGCACGUACCUGGUCUGGGAGUCAGGGGAGGCUUCCAGGAGGAGGUGACUUCUGAACUGACAUCUGCCCUGAGACUCUUGGUGCUUAACCCCAUCAUCCAAGACUUUUGUGAUCUGGCUCCACACAGGCCCUCCAGCUUUCCCUCUCACCCAACUUCUCACCCACUUCCUGAUAAAUCUAAACACAUUCCUGCUCCAAGACUUUGCUGUGUUCUCCCAGAGGGCACUCCCUGCUUCUCUCUAUCAAAACUCCCCAUCUUUUAAGGCCCAGUUCAAAACAUCCGUGUAACCGCAAUGCUCUCAUCUACUUCAGCCUGUCUGUGUCUCCCUCCCCCUUGACACCCUCCGGGCAGGUAUGGGGUCUACUUUUUCAGAAAAACAACUAUUAACCAACUACUUUAUCUUGCCCCUUUCCAAUCCCUAGUCCAGGGCAGGGCACACAGUAGGUGCUCAAUAAACAUUAGUGACGUAAAUUUAAUGAAAAAACAAUUCCUUAGGCUUUCCCUGGAAAGCUACUUCAAAGCCCCUUAUGCCCACAGGGUUUGGGCAGAGGAGGACCUGGCCAGGGUGUGGGGGGCUGUGCAGAAAACAUAACACCACCCCCUACCCCUUUCUUCAUACACUUGCAUACUCAAGGCAGAGCAGAGUUGUUUGACCCCCACAGAGACAUCUGCUCCAUGUGGCCUCUGCCUUGUUUUGGUGAGCAGAAGACAAGUAGGAAAAGUUUCAUUCUCCAAGGAGCAGUACAGAUGGCACCUCCUCUUGGAAGCCUCCCUUGAUUUCUCUCUGCUCCCACAGCUGCAAGGCUUCCCUCCAUUUUAGCAUAAUCACUCAGAAUGGCCAUUGUCUAUUUCUCUCUCUUGAGGGCGGGGGAGGGGGUGUGUGUGUUGGUCACAGGGUCAGGCACAAAAGAUGCCCAGUGGAUGUUGGAAAACAAAACCAAAAAUGGAGGGAUCAUCUUAUUGUACAGAUGGGAAAACUGAAGCCCUGCAGGAAAAAAGAACUCAUCCAAGACCUACAGUGCAAAGUCAUGGAGCCAGGCCUUGCACCCAGGUCUCCUACCUCUCCAGGCCCAAGGCUCUACCAUCUGCUGUCAUCCUGCUGCCCAGGCCAAGGGAACCAACUCCCUGACCGUGGCAGGACAGACCAUGCCUCUAUGAAAGGGCUGACUUUCACAAAUGCUGGCCAGUUGAGGAGACUUUGGUUCCAUAGCCUAAAGGAAGUAAACUUCUUACCUCCUUGCAUUUUCCCCUGCUCCACAUCCCUCCUUCCUGUGCCUUCUCCUCCUUUCCUUCCUGCUUUUCCUCAACGUCAUCAUCAACAAUUACUCAGGCCUAGUGGCCCUUUCCUAGAUCAACAAGGAAACCCUUUCUCCUAUUCAUCUUCAACCUUCACCCACAGAAUUCCAAAGAGAUGCCCAAGGAAGGGGUGGGGGUGGGAGUGGAGGAUGCAGAGGGUGUGGGAGUAAAGGGUUGCCCCCAUCCACAUACCCACUACCCACCCCUCCCAGCCUUCAUCUCUCCAAGGCAGGACCUGAAUCAGAACCAUCCUGGUAUCCCCAAUUCCUGGCAGGGCCAGGCACAGAGCAGUGCUGGGGGUUGGGUAGAAUGAACACAUAAGAAGGCAAGAGCUAUGUCUAUGGGAGAAGAGCUGGGGAUUCAGAGCUGGGUGGGAAUUCUCAAGAACUGGGCCUCUGGUACCUCUUUUUUUCCCCUGUCAUGGGCUUCCUAAAACUUCCAUCCCCCAGGCCCCCAGUCUGGGUAGAUGUCCAGAAACAUCCUCCCCGAGUGUGUCUUCACACCACAUCACCCCAGGUCACAGAAGGGGCCCACAUGGAGACACAUGCCUUCUCCCUUCCAUGCUCUGUGGGAGGUGAGGGUGGUAGGGGGAAGUGCCCUCUCACUUCUGAGCAGCUCUAAA